CGUAAAACCGUCAGGAUGACGUGCGACGAUGUGCUCGAUUAAGAUAGCAACGAUCGAAUAUCGUUCGUGAGGAUCCAGUGAAGAGAGGAAACGCAUAGUGUCGUUUGAUCAGUGUACAGUGUGGACAAUUAUUUACGUGGGUGCAGCAUGAUCGGAAACAAGAUGAUCGCAUUGCUGUGUAUUCUGCUGAUCGGACACCAUGUUCAAGCAGUGGUAAACAAGGCGCAGACACCUAUCAAGAACGAAGAAAGUAAACCAAACGAAAUAAAAGCCGAUGAUAGGAUAAGCAAUUACGGUCCACCAGCUGACGAUUAUGGUCCACCGAUUGGAUCUAACUUGAAAGGACCAGCGCCAGUUUAUGGUCCACCGGAACUGGUAGGCGAUCAAGGACCUACGCCUAUAUAUCCACCGCCGCCACCGGAGAUAUCGUUGCCGGUGUAUGGGCCACCAUUGUCUUCAUACGGACCUCCACGAAACAUUAAACCAGUCUACGGUCCACCAAAGCAAAGUUUCGGUCCUCCUUUGUCUCCUUUGCCCCCAAAAUUGAGCUUCGGCUCGCUGAAACUCCACUACGGGCCACCGAAGCAACAUUAUGGCCCACCAUAUUCGUUCGGCUCGUUUAGGCCACCGAAGCCUCAGUAUGGUCCUCCAUUGAAAUUCACUUCUGGCAUAUCUAAUCAAUACAUCGCCGCGGUGUCUUCGGGUCAUAGGGCAACGAAACCGGUGCACGAGCCUCCUAUUUCACUGCCCUUGACCUACGAGCCCCCGCAAAAACUUGCCGUUCAGUUUAACGCUCAAUCAAACGACGAAUAUGGACCACCGCCGCCACCGAUUUCAGCGCUGCCCGAAUCUCAGUAUGGACCACCGUCUGGUGAUUUGUACGCACCUCCUCCACCGGUUCCUCCACCGGGUGUCCCAGCACCGCCUACGCCACCCGACAUCAAAUACGACGGCUGGCAACCGAUUGCCGGAUUGAGCAAUCAGCAGGGACCUCAAAACACCUAUGGACCUCCAUCAGACGUACACCACUCCGUGGACGUGCACCAGUCAUCUACGAAUGUGCAUGCCGCGGACAAUCCAAAUGUGCCCAGUGAUUCUUACGGGGUUCCGAUACACAACCCUGAAGCUCAGGAUCUGAAGAGUUCCGUGAAGUCGAACUCUAAUGAAAACGCAGGACUACCACCGCCAUCGUUGCCCGAGUACGAACCUUUUCAUAACGACAACCAGAACCCGCCGAAGAAGGACCUACCCGACAAGCUCGUGUCUGGCCAGGUUAAUUUACAGUACGAGGUACCUAAAGUUGAACCUCUGCCUGUCAUCAAAACGGUUGGAUUUGAAAUAUUGCCCACAUCCUCGUCAUUGUCAGACCUCUCCGGUUUGAAGUUACCGGUGCUGGAUAGUGCGCCACAUUUCAAUCUUGGGCUCGGAGACACUCAUGCGUUUCAGAAUUUAGGAAACGAUUUGUCGUUGUCUCAGAUCUCAGCCAAUGCGUUGGCCAACAGUUAUGGUCCUCCAUUGACGAGUGUAUCCUUUGGAAAACUGAACUCCAUUGAGACCGGAAUACCUCUGCCUCCACCUCCUUUGUUGGAUACGUACAAUUUCCCUCCCCUGUCUUCGUAUUCACCCAAUGGACCGUACCCUCUCGCAGAAGCAGGUCGAGCGUCGUCGUUCUCUUCCUUCGGUUUGCACGGUGGAUCUCUCUUUAAGCAGAACAUACAUCACUAUCGUCCUCACGGGUCCUUCAGAUCCCCUCCACCACCUCCAGGCUCUUUGAUACCGCCUCGUAAUCGCGAGCCGAUCAAGUUCAAAGAACCCAUCCCUAGCGGACUAUUGAGCAACCUGAAUCGCUACCUGCCGCCACCCAGACACUCCGACCUGAAAUCACCGAAGACGUUCGUCUCGACCCUGUCGUUCGAGCAGCAGUUGCCCAGCCUGAGCGCCCCAGUAGCGUUCAACAAGUUACACAGCCUCGGCUCAAAUUCGCCCAUGGCUGCUCCGAACGCUCACUAUGGCACACCGUUGUCCUUCAGCGAUUUCAACACCCCGGCACCGGUAUUGACAUACGGGGCUCCAAACUUUGGUCCGGCUUCUUCUUUCGUCUCUACCUCCACCGGCUUCGGGAACAACCUGUACGACAGUAUCGGUAAUACCAUAACCACCACCUAUGGCACCCCCGUGGUGAGUUUACCGCUGUCGACAGGUGGAGGUCACGAUUGCGGUUUCCAGCAGACGGGUUCUGGCUCGCAGUACAGUUUCGAAGAUACCGGGAGCUACCUGGCCACUUCAGGACCCCAGAUUCACAGUUUCGGCGCCGCUUUUCCUACUCAGUCCUUGUCCGCCGAUCUGGGUCAGAAUUUCAAGGUGGGCUCACUGUCGAACAGUCUGGGAGGUUUGGGUCUAGCUCAGUCCGUCAGUCAGCUGAAUCUGCACAGCUACGAGCAGCCGAAGACCAAUUUGAAGGACAGUUACGGUAAUCCGGUAGGAGUUCACACAAGUUCCGACCACUCGGACAACGUUUUGGCCGCGUUGGCCAACAGUUAUGGUCCUCCAUUGACGAGUGUAUCCUUUGGAAAACUGAACUCCAUUGAGACCGGAAUACCUCUGCCUCCACCUCCUUUGUUGGAUACGUACAAUUUCCCUCCCCUGUCUUCGUAUUCACCCAAUGGACCGUACCCUCUCGCAGAAGCAGGUCGAGCGUCGUCGUUCUCUUCCUUCGGUUUGCACGGUGGAUCUCUCUUUAAGCAGAACAUACAUCACUAUCGUCCUCACGGGUCCUUCAGAUCCCCUCCACCACCUCCAGGCUCUUUGAUACCGCCUCGUAAUCGCGAGCCGAUCAAGUUCAAAGAACCCAUCCCUAGCGGACUAUUGAGCAACCUGAAUCGCUACCUGCCGCCACCCAGACACUCCGACCUGAAAUCACCGAAGACGUUCGUCUCGACCCUGUCGUUCGAGCAGCAGUUGCCCAGCCUGAGCGCCCCAGUAGCGUUCAACAAGUUACACAGCCUCGGCUCAAAUUCGCCCAUGGCUGCUCCGAACGCUCACUAUGGCACACCGUUGUCCUUCAGCGAUUUCAACACCCCGGCACCGGUAUUGACAUACGGGGCUCCAAACUUUGGUCCGGCUUCUUCUUUCGUCUCUACCUCCACCGGCUUCGGGAACAACCUGUACGACAGUAUCGGUAAUACCAUAACCACCACCUAUGGCACCCCCGUGGUGAGUUUACCGCUGUCGACAGGUGGAGGUCACGAUUGCGGUUUCCAGCAGACGGGUUCUGGCUCGCAGUACAGUUUCGAAGAUACCGGGAGCUACCUGGCCACUUCAGGACCCCAGAUUCACAGUUUCGGCGCCGCUUUUCCUACUCAGUCCUUGUCCGCCGAUCUGGGUCAGAAUUUCAAGGUGGGCUCACUGUCGAACAGUCUGGGAGGUUUGGGUCUAGCUCAGUCCGUCAGUCAGCUGAAUCUGCACAGCUACGAGCAGCCGAAGACCAAUUUGAAGGACAGUUACGGUAAUCCGGUAGGAGUUCACACAAGUUCCGACCACUCGGACAACGUUUUGGCCAGCGACCACAGCCAAUCGUCCGAAGUGGCUAACGUGUUGUCGGCUCCUCCUGUGACGCAGCUCCAGGAGUCUUCGUUCUCUUCGAGUUCUCAUGAUUCUGGAAUAAGGGCGGAGGCUUUGACCGCCAACUUGAGCCACCAAGGAUUCGGUCAGGCUAAGAACCUUGGCUCGAACGAGGUGGACAUCAGUCAGCUCUUGAACAAUCCUGAAAGCAACGAAGCUGUGGCUCUGGCCAAAGGGUUAUCGGCCACGGGAGGUGACGGAUUCGAAGUUCAGGGUUCCAAGGGCACUUAUAUGCUGCAGAUUCAGGCUGCCGAUGGAGGACUAGGCACUGAGAACUCGGAUGGCAGCAUCAGACAUGAUCAGGUUUUAUCCAAUGGACUCCUGCAAGAUAUACUGGCGGCCAUUGAGCAACCGGAGCAAGGGCAGAUUCAGAUUCAAGGUCAUCCCGAAGCACAGUCGUUGCAACACGUGUUCAGUAAUUUACCGGAUGCUAGGAACACCGACAUUCCUAAGGGACAUUACAUCACGGUCGAGGAGGGAUCGGGGAAAAAGGAUAUUGGUGAAUUGGCCAGCGACAGAAGCGAGAGUGAAUUUAAUAAAGCAGACGCUUCGAAGAAGGAAGCUGUUGCUCUUUUCUUCAAUAAUCAAUACAGUGACUCCCGCAAGGAGACCAGGUCAGUAACGAAAAGCGAGAAUGUAGGUGUUUCGGAAGAAGCGAAAGGUGCAAGUAAAGAGAAAUCUUCUUAACAUCUUUAGAGUGUCAUGAAAAGGAUUGUCUUAGCUGUUCGAAUGGAAAGGAUAAGCCAUCGUAAAAUAUUUCAUAAUUCGUUCCUCAGGUUCGAGGUUGAGAAUUAUGUUCAUUGAAAUCAUCCUUUGUGAUUUGAUUGAUAGUCCAUCAUUGCGAACUGCUUGAUAGUCCAUCAUUGUGUCUUUAUUGAUAGUCCGUUAUUGUGAACUGAUAGUCUAUCAUUGGUUUCUAAAGAAAUUAUAGAAAAAGUGAAGAUUAGCCUAAUUUUACUUCUAUUUAUUAUUGUCUGAUUGAAAAUUAAUGGCAUUCGAGUACAUAAUUGUUAUCAAGGUGAAUUAACAUUUUUGUGAAUGAUGGCAUGAAUUGGGGACAUUUCUUAGGCCGAUGUAAAUGUAAUUUCAAAAGUAACAAUUUGGCGUAGGUAUGUAGAAAAUUUCAGUAAUUUCUUUUUUUAUCUAUCACCAUUGGCGCAACUAGGUGGAGAUUAGGGUGGAUUAGGUUAAAUGGCUAAAUACCUAAAUUUUUGAACUUCUC